AAUACGUUAGUUCUUUAAAAUGUUUGUAGCUGGUGCAAAUUUAUUCAACCAGUGGUUUCUAUGUGAUAAAAUCUUAUACAAAUUACAAGAAAUUUCUAGAAAACUUAAAGAUAAGACAUAUUUAGAUGCUGAUAUAGUGUGUAUUUCGUGGUCCUAUAAUAUUUUGAAAAUUGCCGAAAAAUUCUUCAUAUCCGGUUCAUGGAAAGGCAGAGAUAGCCAGUUUGUUACAUUACCUUUACCAGAAAAUAACACAGAAGACUCGAACCUACUUUUGGCCUGUAAUGAUUACAAAAUAGUCAUGAUUUAUAAGAAUAACAAUUAUAUAUGGAUUCUAGAUAUAAAGACUGAAAAUUUUCAAAGAGUAUGCAUUACUGAGAGUCCCAAUUUUAAUAUUGUUUCGAAUCAAUUGCAAACUAAUGACAAUAUUAUAAAAGCAAAAGUAUCAGGUGACUUGUGUGCUUUUUUAACAAAAGAAGGCAAUGUGUAUACUGGGUAUUUGCCAUGCUAUAUUGCUACAAAUCAUUGCAUGGGCAAAGUCUGUGAUAUUGAGUGUGGAUAUGAACACUAUGUCUUGCUUACAGAUAUUGGGAGUGUAUAUACUUGGGGAAAUGGCAGACGCUUGCAGCUUGGACAUGGGGAUCUAGAAAAUACAGAAACACCAACUGAAGUAAAAGCAUUGGCCGGAAUAAAAAUAAUUAAAAUAAGUGCCAAUGGAUGGCACACACUGGCUCUAAGUGAGUCUGGGGACUUGUAUGCUUGGGGGUGGAAUGACAUUGGACAGAUAGGCGUGAAGUUUGAAGAUGAUGAUAAUUUUUCUGGUGUACCUACAUUGGUAACAAUUCAUGACCAAAAUGGAAAAGAAGUUGAGAUAAAUGUCAAAGAUAUUGCAUGUGGGACUCGACAUUCUGCUAUUUUACUAGAGGACAAUUCAGUUUGGACAACCGGAUCUAAUAAAUAUGGUCAGCUAGGGCUUUCUCCAGAUAAAUCUAAUAGUGAGAGUUUUAAAAAAUGCUUUAUUGCUUCUCAAGAUGCCAAGAUACUGUGUGGACCAUGGUGUACUGUUGUCAGGCCUUAGCAAAAUGUAUUUUAAAUUUGUUACGUUGCUAUGCAGUAAAAAUGGGCAUAAUAUAAUAUUGUUAGUAUGACGUUAUAAAAUGAAGACUUUUGUAUUAAAACCGUUUUUGAAAAAAUAAUUAUAUUUUUUUAUCUAAAGUCUAUUUGCUCUGGCCUGGGUUAUUGCUAAUUAUAAUAAUUGUUAUGCA